GUCUGUGCCCCCAGAGGGUUUCAGGCCGUGCUCAGACCAGGAUCCCGAUCCCUCCCAUGGCCGGAGCCAGGUUCAUCGUAUCAUCACUUGACUUCCUCCCCCAAUCAGGGAUUGGGUACCUCCGCCACAAGACGCGCCAAUGCACUGGCUAAGAUCGAUGGGUGGCCCGACCACAUACAACGGCGGCUGCUACCGACGUCGAUUUACCCCUCGAUUCUUCCUUUUGUUUUCUCCUCCGCGGAUGCCUGGCCCAGAUGUCAACAACCGACAACAAUCAUGUUGAUUGGUAACAUCUACGUGAUUGCGGGCGUCGCCGUAGUCGGCGGCGGCCUGUUCGGCUUCGACAUCUCUUCCAUGUCCGCUCAGCUCAAUGAGAACUCCUACCUAUGCUAUUUCAACCAGGGUCCAGAAGGACCUCCCUUCACUGACAGUGAGAAUUGCUCCGGCCCCACCUCCCUGAAUCAAGGUGGUAUCACAGCAGCCAUGGCAGCCGGGUCUUGGCUGGGCGCCUUAAUCUCUGGUCCACUCUCGGAUCGCAUUGGGCGUAAAGCAUCCAUCAUGACUGGCUGUGUGGUUUGGAUGAUCGGCUCCAUCUUGAUUUGCGCUUCUCAAAACAUCGGAAUGCUUGUGGUUGGCCGGAUUAUCAACGGCCUCUCGGUGGGAAUCGAGUCUGCCCAAGUCCCCGUCUACAUUAGUGAGCUCUCACCGCCAUCCAAGCGUGGUCGCUUCGUCGGUAUGCAGCAAUGGGCGAUCACAUGGGGAAUUCUCAUCAUGUUCUAUAUCUCAUAUGGCUGCUCGUUCAUUGGGGGCCAGAAGUCCUACAACUACAGCACGGCAUCAUGGAGAGUCCCCUGGGGCUUGCAGAUGCUUCCCGCCGUCUUCCUCUUCUUUGCCAUGAUGCUGCUCCCCGAAUCUCCGCGCUGGCUGGCUCGGAAGGACCGGUGGGAAGACUGCCACCGGGUCUUGGCUCUGGUUCAUGCCAAAGGUGAUCUCCAGCACCCCUUUGUUGCACUUGAGAUGCAGGAUAUCCGGGAUAUGUGCGAGCUUGAACGCCAGUACAAAGAUGUUACCUACCUUGACCUGUUCAAGCCGAAGAUGCUCAAUCGUACCAUGAUUGGUCUUUUCAUGCAGAUCUGGUCCCAGCUGACAGGCAUGAACGUGAUGAUGUACUACAUUACUUACCUUUUUGCCAUGGCUGGAUAUACUGGCAAUGCUACCUUGCUUGCUUCCUCCAUCCAGUAUAUCAUCAAUGUGUUCAUGACCCUUCCGGCUCUGAUCUGGAUGGACCGAUGGGGGCGUCGAUACCCCUUGCUGAUUGGUGCCGCCUUGAUGGCAAUUCUGAUGUAUGCCAACGGUGGCAUCAUGGCUGUUCAUGGUGUGGUUGUUCCUGGCGGCAUCAAUGGUGUCGCAGCCGAAUCCAUGCGUCUCCACGGUGCGCCGGCCAAAGGGUUGAUCGCCUGCACUUACCUUUUUGUCGCAUCCUAUGCACCUACGUGGGGACCCGUGUCAUGGACCUAUCCUCCCGAGCUGUAUCCGUUGCGGUUACGUGGAAAGGGAGUUGCUCUGUCGACCUCGGGUAACUGGGCAUUCAACAUGGCAUUGGGACUAUUUACGCCCACUGCUUUUGCCAACAUUCGCUGGAAGACGUAUAUCAUGUUUGGGGUGUUCAAUACAGUGAUGUUUAUUCAUGUGUUCUUUUUGUUCCCCGAGACAGCAGGAAAGACGCUUGAAGAGACCGAGGCCAUGUUUGAAGAUCCCAACGGCAUCAAAUACAUUGGCACACCUGCAUGGAAGACUGGAGUUAAGACCAGACAGCUCGAGGAGUUGGAACAUGGCCAUAUGGACGUGGAGGCAAAGAUCGAGACCCGCCAUACUGAGACCUCGGGGCCUGCACACCAAACUCAGGAAACAGCGUGAGCCCAAUCGGUGGUCAAUAUGGAGAGAGGUGUAAUGUGCGGGCCUACCGGGAUACCCUUUGGAUAUGAUUUAUGCGUUGCUUGGAGGUUGUUGAGAGACAAUGGAUUGAUAUGUGGAAUUCCAGAAUGACACAAUGGGUAGACCCUGAGCAAGGUAGUAAUAUCAUUAUAGUUCUACCCAGAGUUUAU